GAAGGCGAGAGAUUUUGCUCAGAAGGGGCGGUACCGUCUCUCAGAGAGCAAAUGCGAGCUUCACGGUGCGAAUGCGUGUGUGUGCGUGUGUGUGUGUGUGUGUGAAUGCACGAGUGUGUGUAAGGCCGGGAGAUGACGAAGAGAAGCAGGUUGGGACAGCAGGUGAUGCUCUGAGCCAGCGGCAUCCACUGGGAUGAGCUUCAGUGUCACCAGCAGUUCUGGAGGCCAAAUCUGGCUCCUGAAAAACAUCAAAAUCCUGCUUAGCAGCAACGGCCUCCCAGGGUUGCCACAGAAGCCUGCGGCCACCCACUAUGUGGAGUGGAAUGGCGCCCCGUGCAGGUGCACUUUCUUCAUUGCUGCUGCUGGUGACCACUGCAGGUUAUGCCUGUGCACAGUGCAGCAAGGGGAGGACUUAUUCCAAUGCAGUCAUUUUACCUAACUUGGAAACUACCAGAAUCAUGCGGGUGCCUGAAACCAUCUCGGUAGUGGACUGCACAGUUGCUUGCUGUGACCUGUCCAGCUGUGACCUAGCCUGGUGGUUUGAGGGUCGCUGUUACCUGGUGAGCUGCCCACACAAAGACAACUGUGAACCUAAGAAGAUGGGCCCCUUCAGGUCAUACCUCACGUUUGUUCUCAGGCCUGCCCAGAGGCCCACCCAAUUGCUGGACUAUGGGGAGAUGAUGCUGAACAGAGGUUCCCCCUCUGGCAUCUGGGGAGAUUCACCUGAGGAAAUCAGAAAGGACUUGCCCUUUCUAAGCAAAGACCAGGGCCUUGAGGAAAUGUCUGAGUACCCGGAUGACUACACUGAACAGGAGAAGGACCUUGUCCAACCAGUCAGCAAGCAGGGGCCCAGAGAGAGUGCUGAGUACAUGGAUUGGGGCUUGUUGCCUGAGGGAGGUUUCAACUCCUCUGCUGGAGAAGAUGCUACUCCAUCAGCAGAGACCCAGAGGGAGGACACUCACCUGCAAUACCUAGACCUGGAGCCCCGUAAACUGAAUGAGUCCACGGGGACCCGUGUCUCAAAACACUCUCCAGAGGGAAGGCUGUUGCUUCCCUCUGUGACUCCAUCUCCUGUAGAGUUUUUGGAGAAAGAGACUUUUCAGCUCCAGGAACAACCCAGCACCAGCUCUGGAAAAGAGGUUCUAAUGCCUUCCCAUCAUCCUUCUCCAGCCAGCCUAGAGUUCAGUGUUGUCACCGUGGAGGAAAGCCCACUUCUUACAGUCACUCCGCGGAGCCCAGAGUCCAGCAUCCCAACCCUGCCCACCAGCAUCAACCCCUCUCAGUCCUCUCUAUCUGAUCAGCCCGUGCUUCCUACCGCUGCUCCCAGGACAGUGAAAGAACUCCUGGUGUCAGCUGGAGAUAAUCUAAUAAUAACAUUACCCGAAAAUGAAGUUGAACUGAAGGCUUUUGUUGUGCCAGCGCCACCUACAGAAACAACCUACAGCUAUGAAUGGAGUUUAAUAAGCCAGCCUGCGGACUACCAAGGUGAACUAAAACAAAGACACAUGCAAACUCUUAAUCUUUCUCAAUUGUCAGUAGGUCUUUAUGCCUUCAAAGUAGCAGUUUCUAGUGAAAAUGCCUUUGGAGAAGGAUUUGUAAAUGUCACUGUGAGGCCAGCUAGAAGAACCAACCUGCCACCCAGAGCAGUUGCUUCUCCCCAGAGACAGGAGCUCACUUUGCCUUUGACGUCAGCCCGCAUCGACGGCAGCCAAAGCACAGAUGAUACUCAUAUAGUGAGUUAUCACUGGGAAGAAAUCAAUGGGCCCAUCAGAGAGAAGUUUUCAGCUGAUUCCCCUGUAUUACAUUUGUCUGACCUUGUUCCUGGUAACUACACUUUCAGGUUGACUGUUACAGACACCGACGGAGCCACCAACUCCACAGUUGCAGACCUCAGAGUUAACAGUGCUGUGGAUCAGCCUCCAGUAGCCAAUGCAGGACCAAAUCAGACCAUAACUUUGCCCCAAAACUCCAUCACUUUGAAUGGAAACCAGAGCAGUGAUGAUCACCAGAUUGUUAUCUAUGAGUGGUCCCUGGGCCCCGGGAGUGAGAGCAAAGAGAUGGCCAUGCAGGGAGUGGAGACACCUUAUCUCCACGUGUCUGCCAUGCGGGAAGGCAAGUAUACGUUUCAGCUGAUGGUGGCAGAUUCUUCCAGGCAACAGUCCACUGCUCUGGUUACGGUGAUCGUUCGGCCUGAAAACAACAGGCCCCCAGUGGCAGUGGCUGGCCCCGAUCAGGAGCUGUUCUUCCCCGUGGAAAGCACCCGCCUGGAUGGGAGCCAGAGCAGUGAUGACCAUGGCGUCGUUUUCUACUACUGGGAACACAUCAGAGGCCCCGGUGCUGUGGAGAUGGAAAAUGUGCACCAAGCUGUCGCCACGGCGACCAGCUUGCAGGUGGGUACCCACCACUUCCGUUUAACAGUGAAAGAUCAGCAGGGACUGAGCAGCACCGCCACUCUCACCGUGACUGUGAAGAAGGAAAAUAAUAGUCCUCCCAGAGCCCAGGCUGGUGGCAGACACGUUCUUGUACUUCCCAAUAACUCCAUUACUUUGGAUGGUUCAAGGUCUACUGAUGACCAAGGAAUUGUGUCCUAUGUGUGGAUCCGGGAUGGCCAAAGUCCGGCAGCUGGAGAUGUCCUCGGAGGCUCUGACCACAGCGCCACCCUGCGGCUGUCCAACCUGGUGGAGGGGGUCUACACCUUCCGCUUACGAGUAGCUGACCGUCAGGGGGCGUCGGACACGGAUACCGCUACCGUGGAAGUGCGGCCAGACCCUAAGAAGAGUGGCCUGGUGGAGCUGAUCCUGCAGGUGGGUGUUGGGCAGCUGACAGAGCAGCAGAAGGACACCCUCGUGAGACAGCUGGCUGAACUGCUGAAUGUGCUGGAUUCAGACAUCAAGGUGCAGAAGAUUCAGGCCCACUCAGAUCUCAGCACCAUGGUUGUGUUUUAUGUACAGAGUGGGUCUCCUUUCAAGAUUCUCAAAGCUGCCGAGGUGGCCCGAAAUCUACACAGGCGACUCUCAAAGGAGAGAGCUGAUUUCUUGCUUUUCAAAGUCUUGAGGAUUGACACAGUGGGUUGCCUUCUCAAGUGCUCUGGCCAUGGCCACUGCGACCCCAUCACAAAGCGCUGUGUUUGUGCUGGGUUGUGGAUGGAGAACAUGAUUCAGCGCUACCUCCGCGACGGGGAGAGUAACUGUGAGUGGAAUGUAUUCUACGUGACAGUGCUGGUUCUGACCCUCCUACUCCUCACAGGGGGGUUGACUUGGCUUUGCAUCUGCUGCUGCAAGAGGCGAAGAAGGACUAAAAUAAGGAAAAAAACAAAGUAUACCAUCUUGGAUAACAUGGAUGACCAGGAGCGAAUGGAGCUGAGACCCAAAUAUGGCAUCAAGCACCGCAGCACAGAGCUCAACUCCAGCCUGAUGGUGUCAGAGUCUGAGCUGGACAGUGACCAAGACACCAUCUUCAGCCGAGAAAGGAUGGAGAGAGGGAACCCAAAGGUGUCCAUGAAUGGCUCCAUCAGGAAUGGCACUUCUUUCAGCUACUGUUCGAAGGACAGAUAAUGGUGAUGCCGUGAAAAGAGGGACUGCCAGAGUCCUUCAUCCAGGGCCUGGGGGAGUACAAACCCAAAAUAUGGCCCCUUAGGGGAGGCAGGAUAUGUGUCUCCUCAUUUGAAAAGGCCCAUGUUUGUGGAGUUUUUGAGACACAAUACCAAACAAGAACAUUGCUCUCUCCACUGGGAUGCUUGUUAAUAGAGAUGAAGGCUGGGCAGGAAGCUACAUUCUAUACUAAAGAGCGUUUGUGUGUUUUUGUGGCUGACCCCAGUAGAUCUUGUCUGUGUUGAAAUUAAGACUAACUAAGACCUGUUUCUAACUGCUUUAGGGAAGGUGAGUUAAAUAUAGUUUAAAGAGGACUCACUUCUCUCAGAAGCUGCGUGUGCCCUUAAGGCUGACUUUGCAAACAUAGCUCUGGGUGGACCCAUAAUGAUUUCAGAAGACUAAGGAUAUUUGAAUGGUUUCUCUGUGGCCUGGGGAUAUUUGAAUGGUUUCUCUGUGGCCUGGCUUGACUUACUUCCGUGCCACAAGCUUUGUGUGCUAACUGUGACACCUAGACAGAGCAAAGCCCUCUGGUUUAACGGCUUUGUUUUGUCAACCACCGUUUCUGUGCUCUUUAUAGAAAGCAGAUCUUGCAUGUUCGAGAGCUCAAUAAAAACUGUGUUCAGAGGAGGAGAUAAUCAACAGGGAGUGGCUUGGAGUUUGAAAGUUGAAGGCAGUCUUUUUACAUUAUUUACCUUUUCAUUCUCCUGUUAAAAAUUCCUUUGAGGCCUCUCUUAGGCCUGGUUUCCAUUAAACACAAUAAAUAGGAUUAACUCACAAAAUAUUUAUGGAGAAUGGACCCUAGGCCAGGUGUGCAGACUGCCAUAGAUAGGGCGCAGCAACUAGUGAUUUUGUAUCUGUUCCCAAACUCUGAAAUGCCAUCAGUCUUCCUUAGGAUGCCACAUUCUUGAGACUCUGGAUUCCCACAUACACUUUCUGUAAUAAUAAGCACACAUUCAUUCCACAUGUUUAAACAUGUUUUCAAUGAAUAGUUUUUCUGCUAAAUAGUCUUUUAAAUACAUGGGUCAAGUUAAGCCAUCCCCAAUCACAGAGUAGCUCCCAGAGCAAUGGACUGGAGCCAGUAGUGCCCUGUCCCUCCACAGUCCUAAGCCUGGUCAUGUUACAGGUCUCAACCCAAAAGAGUAGGUUCUUUUCCCUCUCGGGAAAGAAUUUACCAAGAGUGCUAGCUGUAGCUGAACCAGACAAGGCUUUAUGAGAGACUCGGGCAUGAGGGAACAGUGCAGGAAAGGAGAAUUAGCCUCACCCCACUCUCCCUAGCACUCUGGAUUCUUUUCCUAGAAGGCAAAGGACCCAGUACUUCAGGUCGAGGACCAUAAUAACCUGGGUGGAGGUGGUGCCUAAUUCAUGGGGAGGUAAGAAUGAAAGGUGGAACCUAUCACAGAGCAAGUGCUGUAGCAUCAAGUGUGAGUAUGCACACCUGCUCCCUGGUCUCUAUAGAACGAGGAUUGCUUUGGUAUGAUGAAGAGAAUAAAGAAGGUGGCUAAACCAUCAGAUUUAAACCAUCAGGACAAUGGCUACCGUGAGUCUUUGGGAAAACGUAAGUUUUCAUGUAUCUUCUGUGCUCUCUGGUAAUACUCAUCAUUGCAAAGCCAUGUUGAUUUAAUUACUGUGCAUUAUGGGAAUGGCAAUGAAAAAGUUUAGAAGUGUAAUUUCACUUUUGAUGUAAUUUCUUUGCUAUAAGCCUACAUUUUCUGUACUGCCAGCCAGUUUAGUUCCCUCUAUGGUGUUCAAAUGAACAUGGGAUGCUUUUUACACCAUUAUUUACCUUCAUACAUUUAAAAUAUGCUCUAUCUAGUGGCCCACGCUCUGCUGCUUUGUGCACAGCAAGACAUCUCUGGCAUAGAGGAUCACAGCCCAGCUAUGAAGUUGGUAUAAUACAAUGACGAGGAAGUACAUAGUCAUUUGUUAAAAGACCACUGCCCUUUAUGUAUGUAAUGAAUAUAAUCCUUACAGCCAACCUUGAGAAGUGGAUAUUGUUAUUCUCUUGUUGCAGACAACAGUCAGAAGCCCAAGAGCUUAAAUAAAUUGCCCAAGGUCACAGCUAAGAAGUGGUGGGUCUGGGACUUGAAUGCAAAAAUUUUAGGCUGCUGGACCCUCUGAUUUCCAACUGCCUCCCACCAAGACCUAAAGAACUCCUGUCCCCAACUAUUGGAGGGCCACUUCUGGCGGACCUUGGGAUGAUGUGAUCCCAGCACGAGGAGGAAUUCCUUUUGAAGCUUAGGAGAGACGACCAGGGGCGAGAAGCCCCGUCAUGACUCCCGUGGGCUUCCCUCUCCCUUGGCCACGGCUGCUUCUGCCGCUACCCUGCUCUGGCCCUGCUUUCCCAGCUGGCCACAAAAGGAUCUUGAACCCGUGGUAAAUCAAAUGUCCAGACAGUGGACCCUCUCUUGUAUCUCACACCUCAUCAGAUCACAAGGUGGAAAGACAGUCCGCAUUCUUGUCUUGGACACUUAUCCAUUAGGUGCCUUUGGAAGAUCAACUACCAAGAACUACAGAGAGAGGAGAAAAGGGGACCCUGGAAAAUGGGAGGGACUUAGAGGUUUCCCAAGCCAACAUGAAAGAUUGCUGGUUUCAUUUGAUAAAAGGGGGAUUCAAAGCCACAGUACUAAGAAGCCGCGUGUGUUUCUGAUUAGAACUGCAAAAAACCAAGCAAAAGAGUUAAAAACAAACAAAAAUAAGGCAUCUUGUCAGUGACACCAGCCGGGGGCAGGAGUAGAGGGGCAGCUGAUCUUGUAUAUGAUCAAUCUAUGGUGGACUUUGGCAUUUUAAGUCUCAGUUUUAUUUUUAAGAUGUAUUCUUUGUGUGUUAUUUCCCCCUGUAUUGAGACAAGGUCUCAUUUCUAAUAGAACACUAUUAAACAUAUGUAAGAAUCAA